UGCGGUCAUCGCGGCCCGGAAGGGGCCGGCCCGGCCGUGAGGGACGCCGGGGGCCGUGAGGGAGCCCCUGGGCCAGUGCGGGGUCGUCAUGGAGUCGUGGCAGCUGCGUUUCGACACUCUGGAGGCCCUGCGCCUCUCCAGCAAGGGCCGGCUGAGCUACUGCAGCCACUGGCAGGAGGAUGAGGCUGCCUUGGAAGGAUGUGUGGCACCCGUUGAGCUCUCCCCUUACUGCGGCUGGGUGCUGGACAGCCUUAGUGGGCAAUUAGCACAGGAAAUCGCACCCUCCGGGACUUCAACGCCCAAACAAUCCACUCCACUCCCAAAACGGGCAUCUGCGGAGAAGGUCCCGCCUGGAAGCCACCAGAGCUCUUCACCACCUUCAUCUACGGAGCCCAGUGAGACCAAGGAAAGUGAUCAUCUUAGUCUCCUGGAAAUGAAUCAAGAAGUUGUUCCAGCAGUUCUGUCAUCUAAAGUUGCAAAAGUCGAAGGCUGCAUUCGGAUGUACGAAGAGAUGCACAGGCUGAAAGCAAAGGAGAGGCUGAGGCAGCGGCAGGAGGAGCAGGAGCAGAUGGUGAGGGCAGCCUAUGCCCAGGCCAGUGAGCAGCUGAAGCGCUUUGAUGAACUGAGGGAGCUGAAGCGGCAUCAGGAAUUCCAAGAGUUGCAAGAAGUAAUGGAGAAGAGCUCAAAGGAGGCUCAGGGGCAGCAAGAGAAGUUGAAGGAAGAACACCGACAUAGAGCAAAGAUAUUGAACCUAAAAUUGCGUGAGGCAGAGCAGCAGAGGCAGCGCCAGGAAGAGCUGGAACGUUUGCGCAAGGAGGAGGGCCAGGAGAGGCUGCGUCGCCUUUAUUCCAUCCAGGAGGAACUGCUGCAGCUGAACCAGCAGAUUGAUCCCAACUACCGGCACAAAGACUUGCCCAGAAUCGAUCUGUCUGCGUACAGCAAUCGUGGCAACCAGAUCUGUGGGCUGGUGUCAGGGCUCAUCCGCACCACGAGCGAGAGAGGGUUCCCAACUCAAGCAGAUGUGGCCAGCACUGAACGAGCCCUGCAGGAGAUGCGAGGACUGAUAGCCAGCAUGCAGCAGGAAAUCGCUGCAGCUCUAGAAGAAAAGAAGAGGAAAGAUGAAGAGGAAAAGAAACAAAAGCAGAAGGAGUUAGAGAAGAAAGAGCAGAUGAAGAGUCAGACUCCUGCCUCUGCACAGCAGUCAGGGGAAAAGCAGCAGAAGGAAGGGCUUCAGGUUAAAACUGAAGAAAGUAUCAUGCAGUGGUACCAGCAGCUUCAGGAUGCUGCCCAGCAAUGCAUUGCUGCUUUCAGUGAAAUUGGAAACUGCAAAGGCAACACUGAGGUGAAGAAGAUAAAAACAAACUUGCAGAAAGCAGCUACAAUCCCUGUGAGCCAGAUCUCUAGCAUAUCAGGCUCUAAGCUGAGAGAGGUGUUUGACAAGAUCAAUAACCUGCUGUCUGGGAAGCCUGUUCAGACUGAAGGGCAGUCCGUGUCGGUGACUCAGCAUCCACAGGGGCUGGAGUUUGUUUGCUACAAACUUGCAGAGAAGUUUGUGAAACAUGGGGAAGGAGAAGUAUCUUUUCACCAUGAGUCAGCUUUCCCAAUUGCUGUGGUGCUCUCAGGAAUCUGGGAAUUACACCCUCGAGUUGGAGACAUCUUUUUAGCUCAUCUGCACAAAAAGUGCCCAUAUUCUGUGCCAUUUUACCCUGCUCGGAAAGAAGGGACUUCUGUGGAAGAGUAUCAGAGGAUGCUUGGAUAUGAAGUUCAUGAUUCUAAAGUGGAAGAACAGGAUCAUUUUCUUAAAAGGAUGUCAGGAAUGAUUCGUCUCUAUGCUGCCAUCAUUCAGCUCCGCUGGCCCUAUGGGAACAAACAAGGGGCACAUCCUCAUGGUCUGAGCUAUGGAUGGCGCUGGCUUGCACAGAUGUUGAAUCUGGAGCCACUGGCAGAUGUGACAGCUAUGCUGCUUCUGGAUUUCCUGGAAGUGUGUGGCAAUGCUCUGAUGAAGCAGUAUGGGAUUCAGUUCUGGAAAACAAUGUUCUUUAUCCAGAAAUCCUAUAUCCCAAGGAUUGAAGCUGUGACCAGCUCUGGCCAGAUGGGCUGUUUGUCACGUUUGAAGAAUUUCGUGCAGAAAUGUCUACGUGCACAGGAAAUUCCAUUACCAAAGGGCAUUCUGACACCUUCCUUUUGGAGAACAUAAAUCAGCCUGUAUUUCCUUUCCCCUUAAUGUUUAAUUCAAGAAGAUUUAUUUGUUAGAUUCAAAGCUAA